UCCUUCACCACUACGGUCCUCUCAGCCUACUGCCUAGAUUUGCCCAAGUAACGUUAUCUUCUAAAAUUGGAGUGAAAUGGCUUUGAACUGCUCUACCUCUUCAAGAGCUACUAUAAGCCUAAGUUUUCUACAAUUCCAACCCAGGAACCCUAAAAAUUAUCUUCCUCUGAAAUUGUCUUCGUCACCGCAUGGAUCUCCAAGGCCCUUCCUCCGCGCUUUGGCCAAUUCGACUCCGAAAGCGCAAUUCAUUGCACGGCGGAAGGAGUCGGUUUUGGUCCGGCAACUUGGGCGCCCUCUAAUUGAGUAUAUGAGCUUACCGGCGAGUCAAUACUCCGUGUUGGAUGCGGAGAGGAUAGAGCGGGUGGACGACAACACGUUUAGGUGUUAUGUGUAUAGGUUCAAGUUCUUUGCUUUUGAGGUUUGCCCUGUUUUGCUUGUUAGAGUUGAAGAGCAGCCUAAUGGUUGUUGCAUUAAGCUUUUAUCAUGCAAGCUUGAGGGCUCACCUAUGGUGGUUGCACAGAAUGAGAAAUUUAGUGGUAAGAUAUCUAUAUAAGCAUAGGUGUUUUCUAUGGUUACUUUGAUUUUAAUUUACUUUGUUUGUACUUUGUUCUUUUAAACUUUAGAUUAGACUGAUAAUUCAUCAAAGGUAGUUAUUGACACAGUUUUACUUUGUAAAAAACCAAGUUAUGGUAAAAACUCCCAUAAGCAUAGAUUUAGACAAGGAUAAGGCGGUUCAGUUUGGAUUUCAGUGUGCAUUAAAUCUGGGUUUUAAAGUUUAUUUGUAUGGACUUGAAAAGUUGUAGUUUUUGGGCUUUAGGCUGACUAUCCACAAGAUUUAUAACAAUUUAAUUGUGCUGCA